AUGCGUUGUGGAACGGUUGAUGCGUUGUGGAACGGUUGCACGCUAGGAACGGUUGCACGCUGUGGAACGGUUCGCACGUUGUGGAACGGUUCGGCCACGCCCUGCCCCAAAGAGCCCAGUAAGGAGAUGAUAAACGAUGGAGCCUCCUGGACCAUCAUCAGUACAGACAAGGCAGAGUACACCUUCUACCAGGGGAUGGGUCCUGUACCCUGUCCUGUUACACCAGUCCCUGUGGUGGAGAGUCUACAGUUGAAUGGUGGAGGUGAUGUGGCCAUGUUGGAGCUGACAGGACAGAACUUUGCUCCAGAUCUCCGAGUCUGGUUUGGAGAUAUCGAGGCUGACACCAUGUACAGGUGUGGAGAGAGCGUGCUCUGCGUGGUGCCUGACAUCUCGGCCUUCAGAGAGGGGUGGCGCUGGGUCCGUCAGCCCGUCCAGGUCCCCGUCACCUUGGUCCGCAACGACGGAGUCAUCUACUCCACGGCCCUCACCUUCACCUAUACCCCAGAACCAGGCCCUCGUCUUCACUGCAGCUGCCGGAGCCAUCCUCCAGACCCACAGUCACAGUAUCUCCUCUUCGUCCUCAUCCUCGCCUUCCUCAGGAGUCUGGGGAUGGGAGAUUAA